UUUUUUUUUUUUUUAACCUGGAUGUGACGUAUUAAAGGACCCGACGGAAAUAGAGCUGAAGGCUUUUUAAGAUGGCGAACCGUACGGUGAAGGAUGCACACAGCAUCCACGGCACCAACCCUCAAUAUCUUGUGGAGAAGAUCAUUCGGACGCGAAUUUAUGAGUCCAAGUACUGGAAAGAGGAAUGUUUUGGACUUACAGCUGAACUUGUAGUUGAUAAAGCCAUGGAGUUAAGGUUUGUGGGUGGCGUUUAUGGCGGCAACAUAAAGCCAACUCCCUUUCUGUGUUUGACCUUGAAGAUGCUGCAGAUUCAACCCGAGAAGGAUAUCAUUGUAGAGUUUAUCAAAAAUGAAGAUUUCAAGUAUGUCCGCAUGUUGGGGGCACUUUACAUGAGGCUGACAGGCACUGCAAUUGAUUGCUACAAGUACUUGGAGCCUCUGUACAAUGACUAUCGGAAAAUCAAGAGCCAAAACCGAAAUGGGGAGUUUGAACUGAUGCAUGUGGAUGAAUUUAUUGAUGAGCUACUGCAUAGUGAGAGAGUCUGUGACAUUAUUCUGCCCCGACUACAGAAACGCUAUGUGCUAGAGGAAGCUGAGCAAUUGGAGCCUCGAGUUAGUGCCCUAGAAGAAGACAUGGAUGACGUGGAGUCCAGUGAAGAGGAGGAAGAGGAAGAUGAGAAGUUGGAGAGAGUGCCAUCACCUGAUCACCGCCGGAGAAGCUACAGAGACUUGGACAAGCCACGUCGCUCUCCCACACUGCGCUACAGGAGGAGUAGGAGCAGGUCUCCUAGACGGCGGAGUCGGUCUCCCAAAAGGAGGAGCCCCUCCCCUCGCCGAGAAAGGCAUAGGAGCAAGAGCCCGAGACGUCACCGCAGUAGGUCCCGAGAUCGACGGCACAGAUCCCGCUCUAAGUCCCCAGGUCAUCACCGUAGUCACAGACACAGGAGCCACUCAAAGUCCCCUGAAAGGUCUAAGAAAAGCCACAAGAAGAGCCGGAGAGGGAAUGAAUAAUGGACUCAGUUUGAUUUUAGUCCAGAUGGCCUCCUGUGGCUAGGAGAGUAUCUAUGUGGAAGGAUUAAGAUUUGUUCCCUAGGCAGCUAUGAGAAUAUUUUUAAUUUUUUCUUACCCAGAUUUUCCACCCCCCCUUUUUUUUUUAAAAAAAAAAAAAAGGAAAGAGGUGCUGAUGUUGUGAAGAGAGUCCUUUUUGAAUCCUAACUCACAUGUUUGGGAGAUAAUGCUUCCUGAGGGCUGCUUUUGACCUAUUAUGUACACCCAGCCUUAACUGUAGCCAGAUAGAUUUAUGAAGAUAGGAAUAAUAUUGGGGGGGGGUAUAUGGAUGACAGGGAAAGGAUGUGGCAAUCUGGCGACCCUUUUUUUGUUAUUAAACCUGACACACCUAUUUCCCAUUUUUCUGUAGUUUAUUCUUUAGUUUGCUUUGUGAUGGAACUGCUUUGAGACUCCUGGGAUUUGUGCUGCUGCUGUUAUUCAAAGAUCAAAUCAGUAAAACAUAUUAACUCCUAACUAACUCACAGCAGCAAGUGGUAAUGACCAUGUAAACUGACUAUUUAGCAGCAGCUUUGCAGGAGCAAAAUGCAAUCAAACGUAAGGCUCCUUCUGAAUCACUUAGUCCAGUUUCACUGAACAGCACAACAGUAACACUAAACAUCCUUUAUAUAGCACAGUAUUGUUCUUCCCUACGAGCCUUGAAUUCCAGGUUAAGGAGCUCACCUUUUAUCCUACAAGUGUUGACUUCAUCCAAGCCUAAUCAGUAAUACUAGGGCAACAGAACUGAAAAAGGUUUGAUAGAGAGGGAAGGGUGUAAUGCUAACAUAGUUUUGACUUAAAUAGAUGGACAGUGGUGUGAUUCACAACUUCAGAAAAUACAUCAGGAAGAGACUAAGUUUAGAAGGGACACAGAAUCAAGAAAGGUGGUGGUGAAAAUGAUACAUUUGGUUUAGUAAGUUUAAUUUGAGACAUCAAUGGUAAAUCUGGAGUCCCUGGGUGGUACAAACGAUUAAUGUGCUUGGCUGCUAACGGAAAGGUUGGCAGUUUUGAGUCUACCCAGGGGCGUCUCAGGAGAAAUAACUGGUGAUCUGUUUCUGAAAAAAGCCAUUAAAAACCCUUUGGAAUACAGUUCUACUCUUGACACACAUGGGUUGCUGUGAGAAUCAACUCAAAGGUGGCUAGUUUUUAGUAUGGCAUAUCUAGAUAAAGUCCAGACAGCUGGAAAUACAUACUGGAGUUCAGCAUAGUGAUCUAAGAUGGAAUUGACAAAUUUUAGGUAAUUGUGGAAGGUGUGUAAUUCGAUGAGAUUGUCCAGGGAGUGUGCGUGAACAGCAAAACUGUGGGCAGCACCAACACUGGUUUAAGGAGGAAAAGCAGCCACCAAUCGAAAAGUGAAAUGAACCAUUCAGCAAGGUAGGAGAGUAGGUCAGACAAGCCAAGGGUCUAAGCAAAGUAAGCACUGAGAAGUAUCCAUGAGCAUCAAUAAUCAAAAGAGGGUAUAAUUUUUACUAUAUCAGUUACUUCUAUUUAUACUUAUCAUCUCCUUCGAAAAGGAAAAAGUUAUUCUUUCAACACUAGUCCCAGCAGGAAACGUUAAGACCAGCUGCCUCACCGGAUUGUUUCUUGGGAAGUCAUCAGAUCACAGAGUAAACAUUCUAUUAUUUGCUACUGAGCUGAAGAAACUUAGUAGACACAAAUCCUUCACAGCAGUAUUACAGAAUUUUUGGGUCACAUUAGAGCUCUCAUAUUCUUCUGUGAUUCCCUCAUGAUACUACCUGAGUUGGCAAAGGUUGUCCAUAAGAGCUAUUACAUGUUUGUAAUGUAGCUAUAUAUAUAGGGGACUACCUUUAAAAAUUAGAUAAAAGCAUAUCUAUUUAAGUCUAAUAGAGUACUAGCAGUUAUUUAUCAAAGUGAUUUGGGUGGAAAGAAAUUCCUUCUGGAGGAAUGAUCCAUGGUCCAACCAAAUUUACUACAUGUCAUCAUUCAGUACCUUCAUAAAAAAUUUAAAAAGUCACCAAAAAAUUUUUAAUAGAGAAAUAAACCUCCCUAAAACAAACCUGAAAGCACACUUUAGACAUAUGGUUAAAUCUGGACCAAAACUGAGGCACCAUAGCCAACCUGUAGCAGGCAGCAGAUCAUCCAUAUUCUCUAAUUAGAACAAAGAGGUUAAAAGUUGGUGGGACAUGUUGAACAUCUCUCUAGAAACCAUUUUGAUAAAUUAUAGUUACAUUUUGCAUAUUAUGUGCUGAAAUUUCAUGAAGUAAUUCUUAUCCCUUAUGCAAAGUACGUUCUUGACAUUUCCUAUUCAAUUUCAGUUUUUUUAAUAUUAGGUGCAAACCACUAAAUUGAUUUCAUUUCCCACUGUCUGAAAAACACCGCUUUUUAAAGAGGUUUGCCAUGAGGCAUGAUGCUGGGAAAUGUGUUCCAGAAGCAGAGGGAAUAAUGGAUUUGGUGAGAAGGCAUCAAUACAACAACCCAAAUUAAUAAUUUCCUUAGCCCCUUCCCAUUAUUCUUCAGUAGCUAGACCUCAUUAAAAUUAAGCAUUAAUCAGAAAAGAAUGAUCAUAAAAUGCCACUCCCCCCCCCACCCAAAAAACAAACCAAA